GUUUAUGCUCAUGACUCCAUGCACCAUGCCCAACGGUGUGACACUGCGGUCACCCGUUUGGUGUUGGCCUGCUGUGGGGAUCCUUUGCCGGACAGCACAGGCCGCACUCCUCCUCCUCCUCCUCCCUUGUGCCUUUCCCUUUGUUCAUGGCCAUGCCCAGUUGACACAUCCAUGCUCUUUGUCUUGCUUUGUCUUGCCUGGUCCCUGCUGCCCCGUGCCGUGCUACCCCUGCCGUACAUCCACCUGCCCCAUGUCGUACCCAUUGUUUGUCAUCGCCCAUUCUAUAUUCGUCCCUUUUGUUUUGUUUCCCUUACCUGCAUUAUUUAGUGUACACCCCUCUUUGCAUACUAUCCUACCCUACCCUUAGUCACCAAGGCCCCUUCGCAUAUUUCACACAUUCAUUUCGCAUUUCUUGCUUUCCUCACAACUCUCAGUUUUUCUAUACACCUAUCCUAACCAUUCGUGUUGCCUGUCCCUAUCCCCUCCCGUGGCCCUUCCGUCGCGACCUUGCUGGCGGCUUCUGUGGCGCUCGCUUCCGUAUAUAGGUAAAUCCGCCUCGUGAUCCGUUUGUUGUUGUUGUUGUUGUUUGCUUACCACGUCACACACGUUUCACCCUACUUGUUUUGCCAUGUCCGAGCGACAUCCCCUGGGGCCUUGGUGACGACGCUCAACACUCAGCGACGAAUAGACUACUCCAUUUUUGGCUAUUUACAGCACACCGGAUGCAGCAAAAUCGCUUCCUCUGGAGCAUCGGUAUCGGUAAGGACUGCUAACCCUCCCAUGUUUUGUGGCUCCCUGCCAACAAUACCCAUUGUUUUGCCCUAACUUUGUGGUUUGGUUUAUUCUACCCCCCGAGGGUGUUAUCAUUUUUCGGAAUCCAAGUAUUCGACUAUUCAACUUGCGCCAGUGAGGGAAAGAAAACCACCGGUUGCCUUUAUACCGUGUCCUGUAUACUUUGACGCGCUGGUGUAGUUAUGCCGGGCCCCAGCGGCUCCAAACGCGUUCGCCCCUCAAUGGGCGGUUCGCCUCAGGUGCAAAAACGUAAAUGGUCCGCCCCUCCACACUGAGCAUAAGCCUAAUGAGUGGCGUUCGCUUUGCGAUGCCUGCUUGCAUUUCGGCUACUGGGUCCCUAACAUUGUCGCCAAGAUUGCAGUCCCCAAGCCAACAGUUCCUUCAAAAGAGUACUUCUAUAGGCAAAUCCUUGAGAGUUAUUGUACUGCACGUGAUUUUGUGACCCAGGAUGGCCAGGAAUAUUGUCGUCACCCAGGAUGGCCAGGAAUAUUGUCGUCACGAGUUACAGCGCAAUGUGAACUGCACUUGCAUGCUGCGAUGCGCCUACCUAAGGACAAAUGCAACACAGCUGUGGAUUCUGCAUCCUUGGGGUUUGGUAAGCACUUCUCCGCUCUUCAGACACAGCAAUGUCCAGAAUUAUUGUACGACCGUAUGGCAUGGUAACGGUAUGACGUCAAAUGUUGACAGCCCCUUGCAGCAGCGCGGCUGGAAAGAAAGGCCUUCGCCAGUAUAUAACAUUUGGAGUUUCUCUGACCGUUUGACGUACAUUGCGUUUCGCCUGUAGGAACUGCAGGAACGCUUAACUAGGCAGCUUGUCGCGUAAAGUGCGUGCGCGCCGUUAAGUUGCGCACCAUAUGUCAAGGUUUUGCCCAUAGCCCUCCAUUACGUAUGCCUGUUUUUUUACAAGCUAAAGGCCCGUAAGGCCCAGGCGAGUCAUAUGGCUUACGGCUUUUGGAUAGCGGCCUUCCACUGAACUGCUCGGGCGUACUGCAUGUACUCUCCGAAACGGCCGACAGAAGCACAUAAAUGCAAUGAAUGUUAAAUUAUAUUGGUGUCUGGUUGUUUGCCGCAUUGAUGGGCGCAAUGCCUAUCAAGAUGGGGCCACUGCGGGUCCUUUGCUGGUUGCUCGCUGUCGCGGUAUCCCUCUGCCAAACAUCGACGAUUACCGCAAGCGCCCCCAAAGUGGCUCUCUAUUUCAGCGAGGCGCAUAAUGUGCUUGAUCUACAGUGGGACAACGGUCCGCAGAACCUUGAUCGCCAACUGCGCCAACUGGGUCUGUCGCUAGCCGCUGCAACUGACGGCCAGCCCCGACUGACCGGCCUAGAUGCGCCUAACGCGUAUAUCAUCCCAGCUCAGAACGGUCGCAAUUUGUAUUCUUCUACCCAUGAUAUGCUUGAGGUAUCAUCUUAUGUCUCUGCUGGGGGACUCGUGAUCAUCCUGGAUGCCGCAAGCGGCGAGGGCCAAGCAACUCGGGAAUUUGUUGCUUCCGCCCUUGGCUAUACCGGCAAUUGGAAGCUUUGCGAGCGCACGGGAACUUCCGAUAGGGCUCGUCGCCUGAGUCGCCGUCGGUCUGGGACCCCCGUCGUCUUAAGCGAGCAUGCGUACUCAUUCCUCGAGGACGAUUAUAUCGACGACAACGCCGACAAUGCUUGGCCGCUUACGCUUGAAGACGCGCAAGUACUGACAACCCUGACCUGGUGCCAACACGAGGACCCGCGAGCGUUCGCCAUCCCACUCUACACGCUAAAGAAAAUUAACAAGGUUGCUGUGCAAGCGUUCAUGCGCGCCGGCAACCCCGGUGCCGUUGUGUGGCUGGGCUACAGCUGGCGGGACGGGCCGCAGGAGCGCUGGGGCCGCCUGCUGCACAAGCUAGUCACUGACUUUACGAUGCGGGGCAACCAGAUACCCCCUGCUGGCAGUGCUGCUGAGGCGCCCCUUGCCCUCGGCUCCCUGGACGACCUCAUCUCCUCCUUCAACGAUGACUUGGGUGACAGCAGUGCCGUGGAGGUCAUUCGGAGGCUGAUCAUGGAUACCGCCUACCCGGCUGCGUACCCUGCAGCGUACCCGCCAGCGUACCCGGCAGCGUACCCGGCGCCCCCCUCACCUGAACCCCCC